CAUAGUUUGCGGGAAAAUAAGAGCACCAUAUAAUCAUGUCUUUGGAGGGAAUGAGAGACAUUCAAAGCGAGCAAUGUGAAGCUGGCAAGGCAAUUUUUCCUUCCAUCGAUGACCGCCAUUCUGCUACGGAUGAUCUAGAACCGGAAAAUCUGUCGAGAAAGGCUUCCUCGAACAAUAAUGAUGUAGGAGAUGCGCAACAGGAUGAUCGCGAGUAUCUUACCGGCUGGAGGCUAUUGCUAACCACUAUUGGGCUAUUACUCUCUCUACUCCUCGUAAAUAUGGAGGUGUCGAUUGUUAGUACUGCACUUAUCAGCAUAGCGGCCGAUUUGAGUGGCUUCAGCACGUCAAGUUGGAUCGUCACCGGUUUCCUGGCAUCUUAUACCGGCUUUUUCAUUAUUUGGACCAAAUUAAGUGACUUCCUUGGUCGUAAAAUUGGCAUCAUCUCCUCAUCUAUCGUCUUUAUUGCCUUCUCAGGAGCCUGUGGUGGCUCGUCCACCAUGACACAGCUGAUCGUCUUCCGCGUGUUUCAGGGAAUAGGCGCCUCGGGAGUCUAUGGGAUAUGUGUCUUAUCCAUAUAUGAGCUUGUGCCUCCAUAUAAAUUGCCUAUGUACGGUUCCAUGGUAGCCGUCACAAUGGCUUGUGCAACUGCAGCCGGCCCACUUCUAGGCGGUGCCAUUACGGACGUGGGGCAUUCCGUCUGGCGAUGGGUCUUCUAUCUGAAUCUGCCAGCGGGAACAAUUGCUAUAGGCUUGAUUGCUAUAGCCAUGCCCGCCAACUUUCCUAAUGGAAUUCGCAAAACACUACGGCACCAGCCUCUGGGCAACCCUCUGUCAAGCAGACAGUGGGGGUCUCAACUGGACAUAGGCGGUGCGACCCUCCUUCUUUCCGGGACGUUUCUCCUCAUAAUCGCCCUUUUUGAGGCCACCACCCGUUUGAGUUGGUCUUCCACCGUCACCAUCGGCCUGCUGGUUGGUUCUGGUGUCUCCUGGGUCGGCUUUUUCCUUUGGGAACGGGCUGUGACGCUUCGUGAAGGCAAGAUUCAGCCGGUGUUCCCCUGGCACUUUUUCUUCAACAGACCUUGGAUGGGAAUGUUGCUGGUCUCCUUUCUGGUGGGAUUUCCCUUUAAUGUCGUGGUAGUCAAUCUUCCCCAACGCUUCCAAACUACUUUGGACCUCAGCCCCUUCGAAGCCGGCGUUCGGUUGCUACCAUAUGUUUUGGGGUCGUCCUUUGGUGCUAUUGUCUCUAACGGCAUCUGCUCAAGACGCAAUAUCCCCUUCAUCGCUCUCUUCUUUGUAGGUGGCAUCAUGCAAGUCAUCGGACUCGCGUUGCUAGCCACACUAACAACUGAAGCCAACUUCCCGCAUGUGGGAUAUUUCGAGGAGACUCUGUGUGGAGUUGGUUUGGGCGUCGCGUUUAGUAUUCUCAUUUUAGCUACGCCAUUCACAGCUGAUAAACAGUAUUUGGCCGUCGCGACAGGGGCAAUAAUCCAGCUGCGCUUUCUAGGAGGCGCUAUCGGCCUAGGAAUUGCUUCAGCCAUAAUGAACAGUUCUCUUCGAUCUCAACUUGCUUCGGUUUUGUCCUCAGAGCAACUAGGAGCUUUGUUAGAUAACGCUGAAGUGAUGACUAGAUUCAGCCCUACUGCCAGAAAGGCCAUCCAAUUAGCCUUUGUGAAGAUAUACAAUCAACAAUUAGAGAUCAUGACAGGAGUUUCAGGGGCACAGCUGCUCGCUGUUUUCUUAAUAUGGAAGAGAGGCAGUCAACUGAGAGCAGCCCGACAAACGGCAAAUUGAUUGAUAUAACGUGUAAUGGAUAGCAGGCGGAUCAUAUAUUUUUUUGUGUUUGUCAGGCUUUGGCAGCUAUUUGUGUGUAGGUCGUUGAUUGAUUUAAAUCAAUUUUAAAUGCCGCUUGAAACUGGCGGUUAUUUUCCUUUGAUCUACUGUAAUAUCCGCCGUCAAUAGAGUUAUUUAUAUUAGGAGGAAUACGAGGAAACAAAGGUCUUUCGUUGAUAUAGCGAGC